AUGACCUCAACUACCAUAUUAAAUUUAAAAGCUCCACGUCAAGAUGCUCAAGGGCGUUGGUAUGAAACACUUUCACCAUCACAAGUGUUGACUCGUCAACAGCAAGCAGUAAAACCACAGAACGAUGAGCAGAUGAAACAGAAGAAAAAGUGUCGUGAUGACAGAAAAACACAACGUCUACGUCGAAGACUUCAUCAACAAGGUUUAGAUCCAGAUACAAUUACUGAAUUAGUUAAUCAAAAAAUAAAUCUUCAACGACAACAACAUGAUGAAGCAAUUAAAUACAAUCGAGUAAUUUCAUUAGAAGGUACUAAGGAAAUUGUUAAAAGAUUAAAUUCAAAGGAUAAAAUUGAUUAUAUUCGUCAAUAUGCUUAUUUAAUUCAUCGUCUAUUCUAUGUACAAUUACAAGAAAGUCAAUGGAAAUAUUAUUAUGAUAUUGGUAUACAAGAAAAUAUUUGGUCAGGACGUGUAUAA